CACAUGUCAUUUAUUUUCUCAUUCAGGCGGACGUUUACCACGCGUAUCAAGUCGUGCGCAAACAUAAAGUUCCAGCCAAGAAUAUAAUCACCUUCGCCUACGACGAUAUUGCGACUAAUCCCAAAAACCCGUUUCAAGGCAAAGUGUUCCAUGACUACGAGCACGAGGAUGUCUACAAGGGUAUGGUGAUUGACUACCGUGGAAAAAGAAGGGUCGAUCCACUUGGACGAACACCAGACAUUAGGUCAUACAGAACUGCAGCCCAUGACCGAGUUCAGCCAUCCGAUUUUGGCCUAUCAGUCUUCGUGACAACGUCAGCCAAGGAAAAUGAACAAUCCUUCGGCAUUUUUUGUUUUGACAAGGACAUCGAUGUUUGUCUAGCGAACGAAUACUCGUAUGCCUGGGUUUUAGAUUCGGAAUAC